CCUAGGUGAAAGCUAAAGUUUAGAUGGAGAACGUUGUGGCAACGCAGACUCAAAAAGAAAUCGGUGAAACGAAGCAGUCUUUCGAGCAGUUCCAAAGGGAUGCCAUCGGGAUGGCAACGCAAUUACAACAAGUAUGUAACACUCUUCAAAAGCGACUACAACCAGUUACCGAACAAAUGUAUGACAAGGACCAUAACAGUGCAAUCGAGAAUUUUCUAGCUGCGGCCGAGAAGAGAACCAACAUCAAACGAGAAAAGCUAGUUUAUGGAACUGUGCUGGCCGUAAUAGUUUAUAUCAUCGUUGGAGCAUUAUCGCAAAUCCUGUCAAAUAUCGCUGGAUUUGCCUAUCCGGCUUAUCGCUCUGUAAAGGCUGUACGAUCUCCUAUUAAAGAGGAUGAUACGCAGUGGCUAAUCUACUGGAUAGUAUUUGCUGCUUUCUCAAUCGUCGAUUUUUCGGUAUUCUCGUCUGUUCCCUUCUACUGGUCGCUGAAGAUGGGUUUCCUACUCUACCUUUAUCUGCCAAUGUUCAACGGAGCCACAGUCGUAUACAACAACGUCAUCGACCCAGCAUGCACAUUUGUGGAGAACUACCUCAGUCCUAAUCCUAGUGAACCAAAAAAGGAAUAAUCACUUUUGUGAUCUUUUCAGCAUUACUGGAAUGAGACCUUCCAAGUGUAUUAUUGAAAAAACUGUGAUUUGUGAAUUUUCAAAACGGGAUGAUUUGGUUACAAAGACAUAAAUCUUUUAUUUGCUCAUGGAGUGCAGGGAAUGAUUUAUUCGAUGCUAAUUUCGUGCAUUGCUCAUACAGG